AUGUACGUGGAUUGCCGGCAAACAAUGAGCUCCGCAGUGGAAAGUACACUCUACGCAGGAAAGUACAUCCCAUCGAUUGGUGCCCUCCUCCAUGAGUCCAGGGACCAGCUCCGGGUGCCAAUCAACUUGAAGGGAAUCGCUGUGGGCAACGGUAUGACAGACCCCAUUACCAUCCUUAUCUACGGGGACUUCUUGUAUUACAUCGGGCUCUUGGACAAGGGUCAAGCGACUUACAUGCGAGAAGGGUGCGAUCGAGUGGCGAGCAUGAUCCGUGAGGAGGACUACCUGAGCGCCAGUAUGCUAGCGACUUCUCUUUUCUUAGGCACAAUCGCUGGAACGCCCACGUUCUUUGGAAACGUCACGGGAUACGAAUACGCCUACAACUAUCUACUCACAGAGAAACCCGAAUCGCACUCACGCUACAAGACGUUCCUUAAGACCCCUACUGCGCGCGAAGCACUCCACGUUGGGCAAGUGGAAUACGACGGCAAAUCAACGGAAGUCGCGCUAUACCUUGCCGCAGACAUUAUGAAGUCUGUCAAGGACAACUUGGCCCUGCUGGCGGACAAUUACAAGGUGUUAAUGUACAGCGGUAAUCUCGACAUCACUGUCCCAUCCGUUGCAACCGAGACCCUCAUGUACACCCUGCCAUGGUCGGGCAACGAGGAAUGGUCGAACGCCGAGAAGAAAAUCUGGCGCUCACCCGACGGUGAAAGCGUGCGAGGCUACGCCAAGAACGCAAAGAACUGCACGCUUGUCAUCGUCAGGGACGCAGGUCACAUUCUUCCAUACGACCAGCCAGAGGCGGCGUACGAUAUGAUCACCAGAUACAUGAACGACGAGCCGUUUGCGGAGUAGACCACGCACGUUAAUGACAAAUUCACGGACGAGCGUGUUACCCAAAGGCCGCCGUUUCGAUGGGACAAGAGACAUUAGGUUCUUGCCAGGGGCUGCGAUAUCUUCUUUUACUAGUACUAAAGCGUGAGUGUGCGUGUGUGUGUGUGCUUUUCGGGUAGCUUGCCCUGCGGUAUAUAUGUGGACAUAAAUAAAAACUGCUGAU